CCUCCUCCUCCUCCUCAUCUGUCUCGUCUCGCCCAACUGCCCUUUCUUAUCUCUGUUACCGUCCUCCACUUUGUUUCCUUAUCCCCCACCACAUGCGUCGACAUCAGUCUCGCUCCCUGCGAUAGCCAUGGCCGCCUCGGCACUCGCGACGAGCCUCCUCACCGUCUGCCCCGUCGUCGGCGACCUCCCCACGCUCUUCGGCCCCGACAGCACCACGACCCAUCCCACCCCGUCUCGGCGCCAGAUGGCCGCCCUGCUCCGGAACGGAGGCGGCGGUGGCGGCGGUGUCGGUGGCGCUGUCUAUCCACGACGUCAGCAUAGCGACAGCAGCACAAGCAGCAACAGCAGCGGCUGUCAGCGCGGUAGCAGCGCCACGAGCGGCGGCGGAACGAACAGCAGGAGAGAGUCUGUCGACUCUACAACGAUAACAACAGCAGGAGCAGGCUCGAGCUGUUGCGGCUCCCCAUCAUGCCUCGAGUGCGACGCCACCGCAGCGGUGCGCGAAAUGGCCGUAUGCGUCGAGGACCCGGCUGAAGACCACGACGCCGCCUCUUCCUCCUCCUCCUCUUCCUCUUCCGUCACAUCCGUGCUGCUUCUGACACGGGGCAGCGCCCUCUCAGGCACCGGUGUGGACGCCCUGGGUGACGGCUUCAUGGUGUUUGACACCAGCAUGCGGCAGAUACAGACACGUACGGGCAGCACUCUACCUUGGCGACCCAUUUGCUUUGUAUGCGCGUCGCUGACACCCACAUGGCCGUAGUAGGCGACUCUACAUAGACAAAACGAGCCGCCAGUUCGAUCAACAGGACGGGGAUGGAGCCUUGCGGGCCGCAGGCUCACACCAAUGCGUUCGCCGGUAGAUGGGGACUGGGAGGCAGAUCUGUUGACAUAUGCAAGCAAACCGGUUUUUGGGCGCACGGUGUUAGGAUGUCAUGAUUCGUCUGGGUUUGGCCUAAUCAAUUUCUUAUACAUAGCACCGCAGCCCAUCUAAACAAGAGCUGAACACAGCCAAUAUUCACAC